GAUCUUGAUUCAGAUAGUUUAAGAUGACUCAUAUAACCAAAUAAUAAAAUGUCACAUCAGACUCGGGCAGCUGGGCUGUAGGCACACAGAUUCCCAUUUCUCUCUGGACCAAAGUGUUUAGCUGGAUAAACAAGAAAGGUGACUGACAUAAACAUGGACACAAGUGCAGCUGCUUUGUCAUGUCUCUAAAGCAUGAUGAAUGAGGUGGAGCACAACACAUCCCUCUUAUAACAAAUCCUAAAGCCUGUGCAUUUUUGUGUUAAUGACAUUAGCCUGCUGCUAAAGAACCCAAAAGGUCUGCAGCUGCAGCAUCAGUGUCUAAUCAAUUGCCAUUAUCAAGCUGGUGACAAAGUCGACCGGAGGGAUGUGUUUGAUUGUGCGAUCUCCUUCUCACGCUGCAAUAAACAAGCGAACAACACUUAACAACUGCUGAGUUGUGAUUUUAAAGUUUUCGAGUAAUGAUUGCCCUCAUUAAAAAGGCAUUUUAUUAAUUAUUCCAAGACUCCGGCACAAUGGCUGCGUUGUGGGUGUGAGUCUCGGUACCAGCUGUUUUGAUGUUGUGUAACAAAGCGCUUUAGGACACGGAGAACACAGUGAGCCUCAGUGGAAACAUACAGUGUCCUCAACAGAUGUGAUUAUGAGGAUUAGGGCUCUCCCUGACCCUCUUCAUUAAUCCAUUGGGAGGCAGGCCGACUAACAACAGGUCUCUUUGCUCUUGUUGACAACUUGAACAAAUAUCUCUAGAGCUGCAGAGACCUUCUGUCACAUGGACAGUUCCAGACUGUAGUGGUCAGUUUUUGUUCACUUUUUUUUUUUUUUUGGAAACAUUUUGCGGAUCAAAAACAAAGAUGAUUAAGACCAUCAUCCAGCAUGCCAAGAAACAUCCAGGGUUGAUCCCCCAGUUUUUCUUCAUGACUCUGGGCAUCACAGGGGCCUCGCUCUACCUGAUUCGACUGGCAAGAGGUCCUCACGUCACAUUCUGGGACAAAAAGAACAACCCUGAGCCCUGGAGCAAGCUUGAUCCAACCUAUCAGUACAAGUUAGUAGCUGUCAAUACUGACUAUAAGAGCCUAAAGAAAGACCGGCCGGAUUUCUGAAGAUCCCCCAGGCAACUCCGGAGGCUCAGAGUGUGGCAGAACCUUCAGCUCUCACCUCAUGAACAUCAGACCUUCUUCUGGACACUUCCUGUGCCACCUUGGCUCUGUUACAGCAGCUCUAAAAGAAUUGAAACACCAAUUAAAGACCAUAAAUAAAAGACAAUCAGUUUUAUUCAUAUUCAUGUUUGCCAUUCAUCAAAACAUGAAUUCACAGUAUUUUUAAUUAAAUAGUAAUGGUUAUUUAUAGUAAAGCUUUAUUUCAAAGACUUGCAGGUUAGA